UAUCAGGGUGCAAACUCUCUGCUAGUUGGAGUCAUACCUGGCACGCAAGAAGAUGGUCGUGGUUGUUGGUCAGCUCCAGGACAUCUUGACAAGAGUUCCUUAGGAUAGUGUCCUUGGCGCAACCAUCUUCAGCUGCUUUGUGAAUCACCUUCCCUCCAUCGUGCCUAAUGAUCUGAGGAGCUGGAUAGUGCUGCUGAUCUGAUUUAGAAGCAGAAGGAGGUAGACCUCCUAUCAGGAAGUUUCUACGUCUUUAUAAUCAGUGAAGGAAAACAAUUGAUUAACCAUGGGAAUCUUGAUGUCUCUUAAAAACUACUUGUUUUCGACAAAAGAAAUGCGAAUUCUCAUGGUUGGUCUGGAUGCUGCUGGAAAGACCACCAUUCUGUACAAAUUGAAGCUUGGUGAAAUUGUUACCACAAUACCCACCAUUGGUUUUAAUGUUGAGACAGUAGAAUAUAAAAACAUCAGUUUCACUGUGUGGGAUGUUGGUGGCCAGGACAAAAUCCGACCACUGUGGCGUCACUACUUUCAGAACACACAAGGAUUGAUAUUUGUGGUUGAUAGUAAUGAUAAAGAGCGUAUGUCUGAGGCACGUGAGGAACUGAUGCAGAUGCUGGGAGAGGAUGAGUUGCACGAUGCUGUUCUUCUUGUCUUUGCCAACAAACAGGAUCUGCCGAAUGCAAUGAGUGCAGCUCAAAUCACAGACAAGCUGGGCCUGAAUGCCCUGCGCAACCGCGUCUGGUAUAUUCAGGCCACGUGUGCCACCAGUGGUGAUGGUCUCUGCAGCGGUCUGGACUGGUUAGCUGGUCAAUUGAGACACAAGUGAGGACUGCUUUCUGAGGAUUGUUGGGAAAUGUUGACUCACUCGGUGAGGUGAAUUUAGCCACACAAACUUUUUUACUUCUAUCAUUUCCUUGGGGUGUGGUGUCUGCUGGUUACUGUCUUGAAUCAAAGAUACAUGCAAUAGUGUCUUUGAUUUUGCUGUGGUCUCUUCCAAGACUUGUCAAGCAGCUCCUGUUGGCUUAAUGUGAGAAAUUCAAAUUUUGAACUGGACCUUGUGGAAAGAUUUAAUGAACCAACAAUGCAUUAAGAUUUCAUUCAAUCAAUAGUGCACUUACUGCAUUCCAAUAAGACAUUUUUGCUCUUUUUUUAAAAUGCACUUUUGACCACUUCUAUAAACUCUACAAGCAUUUUGUUCAGUUCUCCUGUAAUUCAUUGCAGUCUCUGGAUUAGUAAAUUGUUCUGGCUAUUUUAGGUUUUUGUUUUAAUGCCUAACCAGUAACAGAAUAGGUACUGCAAAACUAGCCUUAUUAAAUAUUUGACCUGUUCACCUCUGCAAAAUAGUCUGAUUUUGGUGUCCUUGCAUGGUUGAAGUUAUGAAUUUCACUUCAUUUAGUGAACACACACACUGUCUGGAGAUUAGCAUAACAUUGAGCUUUUCUUUUAAAACUGUUCACUGACUGCUAUGGGAAGGUGGGGGAAAUCUAGAUUUGCAGAGUGAAUGAAAAUGCUGGAAGAAUUGGAUUACUCCAAACUAAUGUCCUCUGUAUAAUCAGUGGCCAGCUGCCAGUUAGAAUUUGAGCAACUUGUCCACAAAUUGGUGGACUUGGAUGUAUAUCUAGAGUUCUCUUUACAAUCAUUUGAAUAUCUUCCAAGUAUAAAUGAAGAUAGAGUAGGAAAGGACUCUUAAAAUCAUGCAGAAAAAAGGUUUCCGCUGUAGCUGGAAGCUGCUGCACGCUGUCAAAGAAAUCUGGUGGGUGUAACUGUCCAAAUGAAUGUAGUUACCCUGAACUGCAGAAGAAAAUACCACCAUUCUUCAAUGUUUCUAUUAAUAUAACCAAAUAUAGUUUCUAAUCGGUGACAUGGUGGGUUCACAACAUUUCUUUCUUUUCUUGGGCCAAGAUGUGAAUCCACUUUUCCAGGCUAUGCAUUUCUGUUUAUUCUCUGGUUAGAGGGAUCCUAGGUGAGCAACACACAGAUCUGUUGAUGUUUUUAAACCUUUAAAUCCAAUUUUUAGUGUUGGUUUAAAAUGUGAAUUUAAAAUUGAAGGGUAGGAACAGACAAAAGCGAUUAUUGGGCUGCAAGAGGUAUUGAGGACUGACGCAGUGGAAUGGGUUACUAGAACUUAGCUUGAAUCAUGGUUCAAUCGUUCCCUUUAGGGAUAGGGUAAACAGAUGGUUGAGGGAGGUUGGAAACCGAGCAGACACUUGCAGUUUCAACUAAAGUUGGAUUAAGCAAUUUAUUGUGUUGCAAUUCUAAUACACACCAAGUUUUAAUUCCUGACCUUGUUAUUGCAUUGAAUUAUUUAUGAACAACUUAACACAUCUAACACUGAAAUCUGUUUACCUGUUUUGUAUUGCCUACCUUGAAGUGGAAGGUUUUUGGUCAUGAGGCAUUUCCAAAUUAAAAUCCUCCUCAGCCUGGUCUCUCUCUUUCCUGUCCAAAUUGGCUUUCAUUUUGUACAAAUAACAAUGAAUAGUCCACUCCAUUUGAACAGUUGAGGUGGUAAUUCCCUUGCAUGCAUUGUCAUAGUUAACUUUUCUGUCUUUUUUUGCCCUGUUAUAAUGUCAAACAAAAAAAGACAUUUAUCUAUGAACCUCCUACAACCCCAGGAGCUAUGCUUGCAUUUUGUCAUAAGGUAGCUGUAAUAUUUUAAGGGCUUCUAAACUACAACCUCAAUAUACUUCAAAUGUUGUAAUUGCAGUUUAGCCAAGUAAUAUACAGAUCUGAGACCAUGCUUGUAAAAAGCAAUUAUCCUUUUCUGAACCAGGGUUUCAAAAUUCUCUGCUUUUAGAGCUUUGCCAUAUAUAGUACCCACAAUACAAUGCUCCCACCUUGGAGCUUCUAACUUCCUAAGUCAGGGCUGAGUAAACCAGAAAUCCCAUUCUCUGCUAAUCCAGCAAGUAACGAGAUCUCUGCCACACUGCUUUCUUUUGAUAAGCUGCUGGGACCAGAUGCUGUUUGUACCUAUCUCUCCUGCUACAAACAGCAGGACCCUUCCUGUCUCUGCCUUACUGUACUCUAAACAGUCAUCACUCUCAUUUUUAAACUGUUCACAUUCAUGUCACAAGUGUUGACCCAGGCAUAAAUCAAAGUUUCAGCCAUUCACUUUUUUUUUUACAACUAACAGUAAGCACAAAGUGGCGAAACACCACUUCGUUUUAAGUGAUGAGAAAGUACUGAAGACUGACAUAACAGCAGUCCUUAGGAAAAAUUGAUUCCUCUUGUUACCAUUUGAAACAGUGCUUUCCAACAGCACUCUGACUUUCAAGACAUUUCCAAUAAGUGCUUGGAUGUUGCUGAAGUGUCUUUGGUUUUUUUACUUGAACUGAAGUUUGCUUCUCAUCUUGUGCAGAAGUGAUUGGGGCUUUACAUUAACAAAGCAGUGUUGUAGAGAGGUUGGAAAGCAGCUUCAGUCUUCUCUUUCAUUAUAUAAUUUCCUCAUUCCAGUGGUGAGGAUUCAUAUUUCCCACAUUUGUUUAGAGACAUAUGACUGAUUAUUUGAAUUUUGCAGACCAGGAAUAGUGCAUCACUAUUUGAUAUAUCUUAACCAUCUUUUUGAGCUGAAAGAUGCCACUUGUCUUAAAUAUUGCAUUGGGCAUCUUCCUCUGUUAUAUGCUUUGGAAAUUUUUAGUGAGAUUUGAGUCCACAGUCUGUGGAGGGAAGAAUGGAAUAAGUCAGCUUAAAAUACCUGUCAAACUUUCAGUUACUAUGUUUUCCAGAGAAUCACUGUCCUUGUUUUACCCAAGGUCUGUCUACAACCCAUCUAGUUUAUGCACAGCAAGGCAUGAACUUAGUGACUACAGAUCUAUACUUGCAUUAAUGUUCCUAGACUCCUUGUCUACUUGCACACACUGAUGGUUUACUGAGAAGUUGCAACUGACCCUUUUUGUAAUCAAGACUCUCUUGGAAAGAAAUGUUUCACUAAAUUCUAACUUUCAUCAAUCUUCCUGCAGCAUUUGUCACAAUACUGUUGUGGGAUUAUGCUAGGCGCAAAUUAGCCUGGCUGAAAUAAGCAUGUGACUGCAGUGCAAAAAAUCUCUGCUUGUUUCCCCUGUUCCUCUUGCUACAAAGCAUAUAUUGUAGAUUUAAGCAGGGAGUUUCUUGUUCCAAUUUUAUUAAACUGUAUUCAAGUUCUGUAUUUUUCUCACUUGUAUUGGAGCAAAUGUAAACUUGCAUUGAAGAUCUGCUUGUGGUGCAUGUACUUAGGUUUUAUUUUUAGCUGUAAAAUAUAUUCUGUUCUUCACUUUCACUCCAUGUAAUGCACAUGCAUACUGAAUUUGGUAAAGGUGGGAAUGCCCUUAUGAAAUUAAUACACUCAAACUUUACUGGAUUAUGAAUGUCUCUUGCUGUUGUAAUUAAAGUUUGCAGGCUAUUGAAAUAGCAUGUGAAGGUCCACACUCCAAAUACAUCACAGAAGCUCAAGUCUCCACCCACCUAACGGUUUCAGCUGCUUUAAAGGAAUGAGGAAUGGCACUAGAGCUCCAGUUCACUGUCCAGUCAAUUGGUGGACCUCUGCUAGAGUAUUAAUGGGGAGCCUGCCUAUUAAGCCUUUGUGCCAUUGGGAGUAAAUAUACAUAUCCAUACACUCCCAUGACACUGCAUGCAGGGAAUACAAAGAACCCCAUGAAACUUUUGGUAAGCUUCAUACUCUUGCCUGCUAUUAAUACUUUUUGAGCCUUUGAAUGCAAAUGAACUAAUAGCAAUAGCGAUAUGUCAUCUUUUGUUUUGAAAUGUACAGGCUAAUUACACUGGAAACAUUAAGUCAAUGUAAUAAAUGUAUUUGUUAAAAUGUCUC